AUGUAUGCUCAAACUGUGUUUAGAUUCUGCGAAUGCAUCACAGUUUCCAUUUUGGUCGUCUCAUUUCUUCGUCUCUUCUCAAAACUAGCCAUUUUCAUCGUCACCCGUCCAUGGCGUCGCUACCGCACGUUCACGUUCCGCAGCAGCCAGUGGAUAAAGGCGGUGAACAAACAUUCGUCUCCGUUGUAUUGCGCCGUGUGUCUGCAAGAAGCAGAGGAAGGAGAUAAGAUGAGGAGGUUGACGAUUUGUCGGCACUGUUUCCACGCGGAUUGUAUCGAUCCAUGGCUUGGUGAGAUGUCUUCAACGUGUCCAUUGUGUAGAGCUGAGGUCCCGCCUUUACCACCGGUGAAUCCUCUGCUCUUGCUGUUUGUUUCCGCCAACAAAGAACUCUAA